CUUUUCUACACUCGCCCUACUCACAAUCGAAGGCAUGCCGGAGGCGCAUCGUGAAAUCCACGUGGAAGAUUUUGAUCCAACGCUGAGAAAGCAUGAAUACUUUCAUGGUCUGCUACCACGUGAAGACGCUGUAUCACUAUUGGUCAAAAACGGAGAUUUCCUGGUACGACUUAGCGAGGCGGAAGGGUCAAACAUCAAGACAGUUCUAUCGGUUCUACAUGAUCCAAAGUUACGCUGUAAAGGAGCUACGCCCCAAGCAAGAGAAGAAUUUGUAGUACAUAUUAUAAUUGAGUACGAUAAGAAGAAAUACUACAUUGUUAGCGAUUACGGAUUCAACUCAGUGCCGGAGCUAAUUCACUUCUAUUUAAGCAGACCAAUACAAUUCAAAUCUCAAUUAAUUCGUCUACGACAAUCUAUCGGACUUGCCACAUGGGAAUUUAAAGCCGAAAAUAUAAUGCUUGAAGCUGUAGUGGCUGGCUUAACAAUUGGAGAUGUAAGAAAGGGAAAGAUAUACGUGCAGGGUCAGCAGCCCUUGGUUGUUGCAGUGAAAACGAUUCCCGGCAGAACAAUGGAGGCUAGACAGAAGGUUUUGGAGCUAAUGCGAGAGUGCCGCUUGCUAAGAAAUUUGAGUCAUCCUUGCGUUACACAGUUUUAUGGAGUGUGUCUCAUGGCACAACCGCAUUGCUUCAUUCUAGAAUACGUUGCAGGUGGUGCUUUGGAUGCUCACCUUCGCGAGAACAAAGGUGCCAUCAAAAGAGACGACUUGUUGAUGAUGGUUUCGUGCGCUGGUUGGGGCUUAGAAUAUCUUCAUCAGAAAUCUAUAUUGCAUCGUGACAUUGCUGCUAAAAAUUGCCUUUGUGACCGACAGUUUGUAAAACUGAUCGGCUUCUCAAUGUCGAAAAGAGGCACCUUCUACACUAUAAGGUCAGCGACGCGAGUCGCACUUAGAUGGAUGCCACCGGAAACGCUGACGAAGUUUUAUUAUACGCAGAAGUCAGACGUCUACUGUUUCGGAAUCUUGAUAUAUGAGAUAUUUUCUGCAAGUGAACCGUACGAAGGUCUUUCGAGUUUCGAUGCAAAAGCUCUUAUUACUGAAGGUGUCCUUAAUGGUUUUACCGGGAACACACCCAAGAAGCUAUCUGAAGUAGUAAGGGACAAAAUGUGGGCCAAACAGGAGGAUUCACGGUCAGCAAUGCGCCAGAUUAUGCUAUGGUUGCGAGUCUAUACAGGCAUGGAGUUACAGAUUACCAACGCAGGAGAUGUGAGCUCUCUUAUUAUUUACUUCAGGUUUUCCAUUCCAUUAUCUUGCUCUGUCGUACAUGUUAUCACGUAUGAAGUGCACACUCAUCGUUCAGACUAG